AUGUCCUCGCAAGCGGGCGGCGACCCGUCCAACGCGCGGCCCAUACCCUCAGCCAGCCUACGAGAUGCAGACUCGGCAAGCUGGAUGGGCUCGCCGAGCCGAGCUUCGAGGACGGCAAGGUUAGCAGAGCCCAUAGCCGGAUCUGCGCCUAGUGGUCCAUCUAUACCGAACGUCCAGGCACAAGAGAUACCGCAAAAUCAAGAACCUUUGGCCGGGGCCUCUGUGUCUUCAGUGCCCGGUCCAGGCCCUUCGUCGUUAUCUCAAGCGCUGCGAAGCUCGAUGGGCCAGUCUCCAUCAAGAUAUGGCACUCCUCCGCCGAUGAGAGAAAAUAGAGGUACGAAACGCUUCGAGAGUCCGCAGGGCAGAGAGCAAAGAGUGGGAUCGUUCACAUCUGCGAGCUACGCAGCUCAGCUUGGGCAGAGUCCGAACGCCAAAGAGGAUAUUGAAGUCCUUAAGCGACAUCUCGUGAAUCCAUCCGGAGGCUCGCAGGCGGGGUCACCGAAGAUUGGCGGAGCUUUUCCAGGCGAGAGCUCGAAUGGGCAAGAAGAAGAGUUCUCGAGCUUGCAGCUGCAAGGUGGCGAUACAACCCGGCACAUCUAUCGGUAUGCCGAGAAGAAGGAGCGAGAAGAAGCGGAGAGCAGCAGGCUACGAAGAAGCGCGAGCUAUAGUGCUCCGAAGACGACCAACGAAGGUGACGAUGAUGACGACGAUAUAUCUUUCAUACAAAAACCAGUCAAUCCGGAGCCGACGAAACCUCAAUUCGUCACGAAUAACUUCAUCGAAUUUUUGACUCUGUACGGCCAUUUCGCCGGCGAGGAGCUAGAGGAGGAUGACGAAGUGCUGGGCAUAGACGAAUACUUCUCCUCCGACGCCUACGAAGAGACGACGAUACAGGACGAUGGUUCAGAUCGCGACGAGCGAGACUGGGGCGAGGACUCUGCACUACUUACACCUGCUAAACGAAAACGAAAGCGCAAAGCACAACCAAAAGGCAAAGGAACACCAUUCGGAGCCGCCAUGUUGCUUCUCAAGUCCUUUGUUGGAACUGGAGUUCUAUUCUUGCCUCGCGCCUACCUCAAUGGUGGAAUGGCGUUUUCAAAUAUCGUCCUCUUCUUCUUGGCAGCUCUGUCCUACUACUGCUUCAUCCUGCUGGUAUCCAUUCGUCUCAAGAUCCAUGCAUCGUACGGCGACAUGGGCAGCAAGAUCUAUGGCAAUUACUUCCGAAACCUAAUCAACUUUAGUUUGGUGAUCUCGCAGAUUGGUUUCAGCAGUGCCUACAUCGUCUUUGUGGCUGAAAAUCUGCGAGCAUUCGUUUUGGCUGUCACGCGCUGCAAGACCGACCUCAACGUCGGCUACAUGAUUCUCAUGCAGAUGAUCAUAUUCCUGCCAAUGAGUCUCUACCGCAACAUCAAUCAUAUCCAGAAGAUGGCACUUCUCGCGGACGCCUUCAUCCUGCUCGGAUUGGUCUACGUCUACUACUACGAUGUGUACACAAUCGUCCGCCAACACGGCAUUGCCGACAUCCAAAACUUCAACGCCAACUACUGGACCCUUCUCAUCGGAACAGCAAUCUUCACCUUCGAGGGCGUUGGUCUCGUCAUCCCAAUCCAAUCCGGAAUGGCCGAGCCCAAGAAAUUCCCAAAAGUCAUGGCCACCGUUAUGAUCAUCGUCACGGUCGUCUUCAUCUCGGCAGGCGCCCUCUCCUACGCCGCAUAUGGCAGCGACACCAAAACCGUCAUCCUCCUCAACUUACCCCAGGACGACAAACUGGUCAAUGCAGUGCAGUUCAUAUACUCCCUCGCCAUCCUUCUCUCCACACCCCUUCAAAUCUACCCAGCAAUCGAAAUCACGUCCCAACAGCUUUUCUCUCGAACCGGAAAAUACAACCCCUGGAUCAAAUGGAAAAAGAACAUUUUCCGUUUCUUCAUGGUCGCACUCUGCGCAGUCAUCGCUUGGGCAGGUGCAGGAGAUUUGGAUAAAUUCGUCAGUUUGGUGGGAAGUUUCGCGUGUAUACCGCUGGUCUACAUCUAUCCUCCCAUGAUGCAUUAUCGGGUCGUCGCGACGAAGACUUGGCAAAGAGCUGGGGAUGUGGUGCUUGUGAUUUUUGGCUUUGUGAUGAUGAGUUAUACGACUGCGCUUACGAUUAAAGCAUGGGUCAAUGGACAGCAGGAUAAGACGCCGGGGUAUUGUGAUACGGUCGGGAAGUUGUUCUGA